AGUUCUCAAUUAAAUCCCAAUAGCAGGUGCUUCCCGAGCGUUCCUUCCGCUCGAAAGCCUCGUUACCAGGCCACACGCAAAAUCGACCCCUGAACCCCUCGCCUCGUCUUCUCAAGCCAUCAACACCCAACUAUCAAAAAUCCCAUCCCGGAAUCUUUCAGCGGCACACCAGGUUCCGUCGAGAUGGAGAACACCACGGCUGCCGUCUUUACGCCCCCUAGCGCCAUAUCUCCCGCCCCCGAGUCCCCCGCCGCCAGGGCCGCGGCUCUCCGCGCUUAUAAGCAGCGGCUCGUCGAGCGCAUCCCCGCCACCGUCUCGGACGACUACCGCAAGAUGCUCGUCGACACCAUCGAGGCGCAGGUCGAUAUGCCGAGCCUCGACUGCGGGCUCCGCUGGGCCGUUGAGGCCGCCUACCACAACGGCAUCGAGCCCCCGUCCCACGAGGUCGUCGCCCUUUGCCUGUGCUUCGGCUCGGGUGCUCUCGAGGGCGACGUCCUCCGCGUCCAGCGCAGCUUCUACGCCCGGCAGCCGCGCCUCGCGCACCACAUCCGGGACUGGUCCCUACGGGGCCUCGUCGACAAGCACAGCGCCAAGGUCUGUGCCGGCGACAUCGACGACCCCCCGACCACCGCCGCCGCUCGACGAAAGAAGCGUCCGGCCUCCGCCGUCGGGGACCUCUCCCCGCCCCCGACCGCCUGUCGCCCCGAGCCCCCUGUAGACCCGUUCACAGUAUACCACGAGAGCGAUGAUACCCCGCGCCUCAACUCCCUCGUCAAGAGCCAUCAUGCCGAGCCCAAGAAGUCUGCAACCCCCGAGGACCCCGCAGUUCCCCAAGCUAUCCUGGACCGCCUUCCCCCGUCCUUCAUGGACCCCAGAGUCGGCGGUUUCGCGCAGCUCAAGCAGCUGCGGAGCCCCGGCACCGACACGAUCCGGGACACCGUCCCCCCCUCGGGCCGUACGGGAGGCCCCGCGACCUUCGUUUCCCUCUUUAGCGACCCCCGCAGCACUGCGGGCCCCGUUCCUGUCGGCCUGGGAUCACUCCUCUUCGGCGGCGACCCGGCGACCCGAGACACUAAGGAGGCGGCAGCAGCGGCGGCCAUCGCCGCCGCAACCGCCACUGCGAGCCCCAACGCCAGCGACACGCCCGGCACCGCCGCCGAGAACCCCUGGGCCGUCGCCGACGCCGCCGCCGAGACGCGCCUGGCCUCCCUCGCCGCGCAGAUCGCCGGGCACCGCCGGCGGGCCCGCGACAAACUCCAGCACGCCGCCACCCUGCGCGGGGAGCACGCCAGAGCGGCCGAGCGGCAGCCGCUCGAGGUCGGCGCCCUCCCGGCGGACAUCGUCACCCGCGUCAACGAGGACCACGGGCUCGCGAGCCGCUGCCUCCGCCACCAGGAGGAGGCCGUCGCCGCCGUCGCCGAGGCGGACCGCCUCGAGGGCGAGCGCGCCGAGGAGGUCUUCCGGCGCAUCGAGCGGCGCCUCGACCGCAUCCACGCCGUCGUCGUCGGUACGGCCGACGCCUUGGGGACCGAGCGGGCGGCGUGCGCGUCCUUUACGGCGCAGCAGGUCGAUCGGGCGACUGCCUUGAAGGCUCGGAGGGAGAGGCGAGCAGGGAGCCAGGGUUAGAUGGAAGGGGAUGGGGAUAAGAUGGUUGGCUCUCUCAGAGACGAUUUGGCAUAUCCAUAUUAUCUAGAAAGCCAAUCCGACUUUCACAUAUAUAAAAAGCCGUAGAUGAAUGAUUUGCGACAGGAUCGUAGUGGAUUGUGUCGCUCUACUUCAUACCUCGGCUCAGCCCCUCCGCUGGAAGAGGAGAGUCACGAACAAGGCCAGCAGCUUACGGUCAUGAAAGCCGAGAAAAGACUUUGCGGCUCGCGAUGC